AUGGCCCCCUCCCGCCUACGCUACAGCCGUGGGGUGAACUCGCACGGCAAACCACAUCAAUGCAGAGGUUUGGACAGGUAUUCAGGGAGGAUUCAGAGGAAGGAGAGAGAGAAGAAGGAGAGAGAGAAGAAGGAGAGACGGAGCAACAAGAGGCAGGAGAGACAGAGCAACAAGAGGAAGGAGAGACGAAGCAACAAGAGAAAGGAGAGACAGAGCAACAAGAGGAAGGAGAGACAGAGCAACAAGAGGAAGGAGAGACGGAGCAACAAGAGGAAGGAGAGACAGAGCAACAAGAGGAAGGAGAGACGGAGCAACAAGAGGAAGGAGAGACAGAGCAACAAGAGGAAGGAGAGACGAAGCAACAAGAGAAAGGAGAGACGAAGCAACAAGAGGAAGGAGAGAGGAAGCAACAAGAGGAAGGACAGACAGAGCAACAAGAGGAAGGAGAGACGGAGCAACAAGAGAAAGGAGAGACAGAGCAACAAGAGGAAGGAGAGACGAAGCAACAAGAGAAAGGAGAGACAGAGCAACAAGAGGAAGGAGAGACGAAGCAACAAGAGGAAGGAGAGAGGAACUGGAAGCUAA